GACUAUCUUCCAGCGGCAGGCCCUUCGAUAAAAUCAGGAACUUGAGUUGGCCCUGCAAUGUCAAGGGAGGGGGCUCACCCAGGGCUCCUGUAGCUCAGGGGGCAGGCCUGAGCCCUGCGCCCACCCAAGUCCGUCCAGCCCCAGGCGGGGCACCCCAUCUCAAGGGGCUCCGCACUGGCCCCAACCGAGGCAGGCGACCUGACCGGCUCGGAGCUCGGCUGGAUGUUACAGGCGUGCAAAAUGGAAGGGUUUCCCCUCGUCCCCACUGCUUCGGAAGACCUGGUUCCCUAUGACACAGAUCUGUACCAACGCCCAACGCACGAAUUUUACCCCUAUCUCAGCAGUGAUGGAGAAAGCCACAACGACCAUUACUGGGACUUCCACCCGCACCAUGUGCACAGUGAGUUUGAGAGCUUCGCAGAGAACCACUUCACGGAGCUGCAGAGCGUGCAGCCCCCACAGCUGCAGCAGCUCUACCGCCACAUGGAGCUGGAGCAGAUGCACGUGCUCGACACCCCCAUGGCGCCCACCCAUGCCAGCCUCGGCCACCAGGUCCCCUACCUACCCCGCAUGUGCCUCCCAUAUCCCUCGCUGUCCCCGGCCCAGCCCAGUUCUGAUGAGGAGGAGGGAGAGCGGCACAGCCCCCCACUGGAGGUGUCGGAUGGGGAGGCGGACGGCCUGGAGCCGGGGCCGGGCCUCGUGCACGGGGAAACAGGCAGCAAGAAGAAGAUCCGCCUCUACCAGUUCCUGCUCGACCUGCUCCGCAGCGGGGACAUGAAGGACAGCAUCUGGUGGGUAGACAAGGACAAGGGCACCUUCCAGUUCUCGUCCAAGCACAAGGAGGCGCUGGCACACCGCUGGGGCAUCCAGAAGGGCAACCGCAAGAAGAUGACCUACCAGAAGAUGGCCCGUGCACUGCGCAACUACAGCAAGACAGGCGAGGUCAAGAAGGUGAAGAAGAAGCUCACCUACCAGUUCAGCGGGGAGGUGCUGGGCCGCGGGGGCCUGGUGGAGCGGCGCCACCCGGCCCACUGAGCCCGGGCCCGCAGACCCGCCGGGCCCGCCGGGCCUCCCCGCUGGCCAUAGCAUUAAUCCCUCGCCCAGCUGGACACAGGGAGCAAAGCUCCCCGGGGCCGGGGCAGGACUGUGGCGGCCGGGCCUCGCCUCACCGCCUCCCCCAAGUUCCCUAUCCAAGUCCCCACUUCAUCUCCCACCAGGACUCUAGCCCCACUCUCGGAAGGCCGUUGGGGCCUCUGACCCCAGGCAAGGAUCAGCCUUGCUUAGUACAACCAGGGUGCUUCCUUGGGAGUUCGAAGUCACUAUAUCUGUAAAUUUAAGCCCUUCUCCCUUCCCACACUUCUCCCUCAUUAGCUUCCUGAAGUAACCCUAUUAUUAAAGUUAUUCUGUGUGUCCUUUUGCAGCACAGAGAAUCUCUUAAAAUUGUUUGUGCACCUUGUCUGGGCCCGUGUGAUCUCUGUUUUUCUCACUGGUCCAUUAGGCAUUUACUGAGGAUGGGGGGAACAUGAGGACCAAUGACACACGGUGCCUGACCAGGAAUUAGACCUGGUGGAAAGAAUGAAUCCUCAG